AACACGCUACGUGCGAGAAAUCAGUUCGAGACUUCCUCUUCAACUUCCUCUUUCGUCACGCCGAGCAAAGAAAAUGAGUAAGAUAAACCGUGACAACUUGAACGAUUCCAUCGAUGCCAUCCUACAGGCUUCGAAAGACAAGCCAAGGAAGUUCACAGAAUCCGUAGAACUCCAGAUCGUCCUGAAGAACUAUGAUCCCCAAAAGGAUAAACGUUUCGCAGGAACAGUCAGACUGAGGCAUGUUCCCCGCCCCAAGCUGAAGGUCUGUAUCCUUGGUGACCAGAUUCACUGUGACCAGGCCAAGGCCAACAACCUGCCCUGUAUGACCGCUGACGACCUCAAGAAACUCAACAAGGACAAGAAGCUGAUUAAAAAGCUGGCAAAGAAAUAUGAUGCUUUCCUGGCCUCCGACUCCCUGAUCAAGCAGAUCCCUAAGAUCUGCGGCCCCGGAUUCAACAGAGUGGGAAAAUUCCCCACCCAGGUCUCCCACCAGGAGUCACUCGUACAGAAAGUGGAGGACAUCAAGGCCACCAUCAAGUUCCAGCUUAAAAAGGUGUUGUGCUUGGCUACCUGUGUAGGACAUGUCAACAUGCCUAAGGAUGAGCUGUACGCUAACAUCACCCUGGCUAUCAACUUCUUGGUGUCUCUACUGAAGAAGAACUGGCAGAACGUCCGCGCCCUCUACAUCAAGGGGACCAUGACACCAUCACAGAGAAUCUACUAAAUACUGUACUCUCUCAAUAAAGUGGGCUUUCAA